GGCCGGCCUCCUCCCUCCUCCGUCCGCGCUCGCUCGUUCGCUUCUUGGUCCGCAAGCCCUCCACGCCGCCUCCUCUCCUAGCGAUGGCGUCAAGGGAUCUCCGGCGGCUGCUCGACGGCGCGGCCCUCGUCGCCCGCGAGGCCGCCAGGCGCGCCUCGGCCCCCGACGUCCUCAGGUCCGCGCUCCUCGCCGCCACCGACCUCGCCGGGCUCACCAGGGGCACCCCGCGCACCCCGAGGCCCACCCCUCCCCUUGGACCCCACCCCACCGCCGCCGCCGCCGGCGGCGAGGCUCGUGCCUCCGUCGUGUACUUCUCCCACGACGAUGCCGGUCCCGUCUCUCCGCCGCGGCGGCCGCCGCAGGAUCCCCCGCUGGAGCAGCGGCCGCCUGCGCGUGAAUCCCCCCACCCGGCCCAGGCGAAGGAGAUCACCGAAGCCGGCGUAGCCGCGGCCGUGGGCGCAGCUGAGCCUGAACCUGUGGCGGUGGCCAGACCACCCGAUGGCGAAGCUGCUGGCCGCUCACCUGCACCCUCGCCAUCGCCCUCGCCGGUGGUGCGGGUGGAGAAGAGGCGGCGGCCGCGGGAGCGGAGGGUUCCCUCCACCCCAUUCACCAGAGCCCUCGGGUUCGCAGGUCUGGGUGCUGGCCUCGCAUGGGGAACGCUACAGGAAUCAGCUCGGCGGGUGGUGUAUGGGAGACCAGCGGACGCAGAUGGCAAGCGUUCUGCUAUGUCCCCGUUCUUAUCAGAUCAGAAUGCUGAGCGUAUCGCCCUGGCGCUGUGCCGGAUGCGGGGUGCAGCGCUCAAGGUGGGACAGAUGCUGAGCAUCCAGGACGAAUCCCUUGUGCCUCCACCGGUCUUGGCAGCUCUUGAUAUUGUUCGCCAAGGUGCUGAUGUUAUGCCGAGGAAGCAGCUCAAUUCAGUUCUUGAUGCUGAGCUAGGUCAGGACUGGUCCUCCAAGUUAACGAGUUUUGACUAUGAGCCACUAGCUGCUGCAAGUAUUGGACAGGUCCACCGGGCGGUCUUAAAGGAUGGUUCAGAUGUUGUCAUGAAAAUACAAUACCCUGGGGUCGCAGAUAGUAUAGAAAGUGAUAUUGAGAAUGUCAGGCUACUUCUGUCUUACACCAAUCUCAUCCCUAAAGGUCUUUUCCUUGAUAGAGCCAUGAAGGUGGCAAAGCUUGAGCUGGCAAGGGAAUGUGAUUAUGUGUUAGAAGCAACUAACCAAAAACGGUACAAAGAGUUGCUAUCUGAUAGUGAAGGCUAUUAUGUCCCUAAGGUCAUUGAUGAGUUGUCUAGCAAAAAAGUGUUAAUGUCAGAGUUUGUUCCAGGAUUUCCAAUUGACAAGGUGGCUAUGUUAGACCAGGAAACCCGUAACUAUGUUGGCUGUAAAUUGCUUGAGCUUACAAUAAAGGAGUUGUUUGUCUUCCGAUUUAUGCAGACUGAUCCAAAUUGGAGCAACUUCCUUUUCGAUGAACCUACAAGGAAGUUCAAUCUGAUUGACUUUGGCGCAGCUCGUGAUUUUCCAAAACGUUUUGUGGACGACUACCUUCGUAUGGUAGUUGCCUGUGCGAACAAGGAUAGAGCUGGUGUCUUAGAAAUGUCCCGCAGACUAGGAUUUCUCACAGGUGAGGAACCGGAAGUCAUGCUGGAUGCUCAUGUCCAAGCUGCCUUCAUUGUUGGUGUGCCAUUCGCAAAACCAGGUGGUCACGAUUUCCGUGCAAACAACAUCACACAUAGUGUUUCCAACCUCGGAGCUACCAUGUUGAAGCACAGGCUGACGCCACCACCCGACGAAGUUUACAGCCUCCACAGAAAGUUGUCAGGUGCAUUCCUAGCCUGCAUCAAGAUAGGGGCAGUUGUACCCUGUAGGGAGAUGCUGUUCAAGGUUUAUGAGCAAUACAAUUUCAGCGAUGAUCGUCCGGAAGUAUUGUCCAGCACCGGAUAGAAAUAUGAAAGGCCAACCUUUUGCCCACUUCCCUUUUGGGGAACUUUAAAUAGUUACAGGUCGGUUGCAGCUCAUUUUUUCGAGAGCCACACAAUCGGCUGCUCCAUUUGUUGUUAGGCUGAAAGAAUGCUCUGACAAAUUGUAUUAUUGAUAGCUUGAAAAGUGAGGAUAUUCUGUUUAGGGAUGAGCUCUACAAAAACUGUAUAAUGCUCUUAUACUUAAGAUGAUGAAAGUUACUCUGCAUAUUUUUGAGCACAAGAAAAUAAAUGCAUCAGAAUGAUGUUUCUGUAUAA